AUGAUGCGGUAUAUUUUUCUAUGCGCUUUGUCGGCUUUAAUUCAAAAUGCCACUGCGAGAGAUGAAUCCGGAAACUUCGAAGUUGCUUUUCCAAAGCUUCUUGAAAGCAGAGGCCUUUCGAGUGAAAAAGUAAUCCACAUUAAAGAAGGCUUAACGCUUAACUUAGAGAAAUGUUCAAUACUCUCAGAAAACUUGCUUCUAACAGACCUCAGUGGCAAAGAGCCAGUUGUAACUCCGAUGAACGGGAAAUAUAUGGAACGUAACCUGUACCAUGACAAAGAGAAAAUGGCGGCGGUUGUAGUGAAGGAGGAGAAUGGAGCUGUGGAAGUGAGCGGUGUGAUCAGCGACACUCUGAGGAUCCUCCCUCUUCACCUUAUGGGUCGAGCUGAAGACGGGUCUAUCGCACACAAGAUUUUCCAAGUGGAUGCACCAGCUCACCGUGCACAUGACUACCUUGAAACAAGUAACAUUCAACUGGAAGAGCGAUUUAAUGGACAUAAUUUAAGCUCUCCAAGACAAGUACGAGUACAAGUUCCAGACCCAUUUUUGGUUGAAAUACUGGUUGUCGUCGACAAGUAUUUUUACGUAAACUUUGACACCGAUGAACAGCUUGUAACAUAUAUGGCCACUGCUAUGGCAACGGUGAACAUCAGAUAUUCAAACGCAAGGAACCCAAAAGUACAACUGCUCAUCGUAAAUAUAACUAAGGACCCGGGGACAGAUUUUCUGCGAAAUAUUUCAGUUUCAGAUCCAAGCAACCCCGAUCAUCCAUUCAAAUUCUAUACCUCACCUGUCGAAACAUUACCCCAGUUUGCUAAGAAAUACAGGAACGCCACGUGCGACGCAGCAAUGCUCGUCACAGGGUUGGAGCUCGCCAACCAAAAUGGUGCAGAUGUUAAUGCCGAUGUUAAAGGUGUCGCAUACCUUUACGGACUCUGCCAAGAACUAUUCCGUUUCGGUAUAGUGGCAGAUGUCCCUCAUACAUACUUCAUGGUUUCCCCUGCUGCUCACGAAUUGGGACAUAUACUGGGAAUGCCUCACGAUGGGCAGAUUCCACCCUACCAUGUUCCAAAGGUGACAUGGAAACGAUGUUCGGCGACGUCGGGAUAUCUCAUGGCACCUUCACUUGGCGGCAGAAAUGAUGGCUUUUUUUCCCACUGUUCUCUGCAACACAUGAGGGUUUUUGUGAAACGUCAGACGGCGAAAUGUUACGAAGUAAAGUCGAAGACAGCCGUCCAAGCACCGGGCCAACUUCCGGGCGUGGGACUGAGCAUGACAGGUUUAUGCAAGAGGCUCCAUCCUCACGCCCCUGAAAUAAGGGGCUUCUCUAACUCGACAUUAUUCCAGAAGUGCAAAUUCCUGUGUUCUACGACGAUCAAUUAUGACCGCUAUUUAUUCACUCACCGCCUUGUCGAUGGAAUGCCUUGUGGCGGUAGAAAGAUAUGUUUCAGAGACAAGUGUGGGAAAUACAGCACUGAUCUGCCUCCGCUACCCACCUUGCCUACACCCGAAACGACCGCACCAACAACAACGACCAGUAUACAGACAAUACUAGUUACGAUGAGGAUGAUUACAGCUCAAAUUAGAACUGGCUUUUUAGGAGAAGCUCUCAGUGUGUCACGUCCUCUGCCGUGUAAACAGCAUGAUGUGCUAAAAAAACUUGAAACGUGGCUAUUUUGCGUAUUCCUUGAUAAUAAAGCAAAACUAUUUACUAAGAGCAUGCUGACUUACUCUAUAAAGUGGCAGAAACCCUUGAAGAGGCAAGAGCAUCUGUGUUUACAGUUAGAGACAUAUAUUUAUAUUAUCAAUAAAGUAUUGCUUGCCAUAGGAACUAAAAAUAAAACGCAAGCAGACCCAGAUGAGCGAUACGUGUGCUCAACAUUAUACAGCGCCGUUUUAAUUAUGAUACCUACCGUCAUCCAACAUAUAUACUAUUAA